UUCAGGCUUCCGUCACAAGAGUCAAGAUCCUCUUCUUCCCGGGAUAUACAUGGUACUCUGCAAAAGCUCUGACGUCUGCUUCUAAAAAUCAGUAAUGAGUGAAUUAACUGUAACAUAUUCUGAUUUGCGACUUCAACCUUCAUCUCAGCCACAGGGAAGACAAAGGCUUGCAACUUCUGAAAGAAAAAGUUCUUUACAUUGUAAGCACCAAGAUCUUUGUACUCCAUCUCCAUGGAAAUUCAUUGCAGUGAUUCCGUGGAUCAUUUGCCUGAUGCUUACUUGGUCUGUUGGAAUCUUAGCCACAAUGUUGAAUCAGAAAUCAUGUCAAGGGAAAGGAUAUCCAGGAAAUCUCUUCUCUAACAAGGAGGCAAAUAAAACAUUUCAAAUUCAGAGUUAUCCUACCUGUUCAAACAACUGCCAUCAACAUGGAGAAAAUUGUUACUAUUUUUCAAGGGACAUACAUCCUUGGGAAAAAUGUAACCAUUAUUGCAUUGGUUUAGAGUCAAGCUUUCUUAAAUUGAAUAUGGAAGAAGAGAUGAAUUUUGUAAUAAAAUUGUCAAAGAUGCAAUGUGGUCUAUUUCAAGCAAAGUUUUGGAUCAGUUUAUACUACAACAAUGAGCAACUAAAAUGGGUCUGGCUAGAUGGCACAGAUGUUACCCUGCACAAGCUUCAAAUUCAAGGACUUGAGAAUGCUAACAAUAAAUGUGUACAUAUAAAAUUUGGCCAGGUGAUUGCUGAAGAUUGCCAGAAUAAUGGUUAUUGUAUCUGCAAGAAGAUAAUAUAUUCGGAUUAAGUAAAAUAUAUCAGAAAGAAAAAAAAAAUGGAAAAGAAACACCUGAAAUUCCCCAGUGUGAUGACUUCAACCAUGAAAAAUACUUACUUAGCUGAAAUUAGAUAUCAUUAAAUAUUGAAGUCACCUAUUAUUAUUCACCUUUAAUUCAUAAUAUGUUGAUAAGAAAAAUCUGUGUUCUGAGGUGGUUGACCAAUCCAGCAGGGG